AUGUCCAUCUUUUUACCAGUCUGUCUCCAGUCAUUUUUUUGUGCAUUGUUUGUGUCUGGCUCUGUCUGUCAUUAUCUCUGUCGGCUCUUGUCUGUCUAUUUCUGUUUCAGUCUGUCUUUCUUUUUUAUCUAUCAAUUGAUGUCUUUAUAUAUGUCUCUCUUUAACUAUAAACACUCCUUUUUCUUUCUUUCCUUCUGUCUUUGUCUCUGUUACAAUAUCUUCCUCUCUCUUUGUCUCUAUUUGCUAUUUAUCUGUUUCUAUCUAUCUAUCUAUCUAUCCUGUUUAAAUCUAUCUAUCUAUCUUGUUUAUAUCUAUCUAUCCAUUCUGUUUAUAUCUAUCUAUCUAUCUUGUUUCUAUCUAUCUAUCUUGUUUAUAUCUAUCUAUCUAUCUAUCUUGUUUAUAUCUAUCUAUCUAUCUUGUUUAUAUCUAUCUAUCUAUCUUGUUUAUAUCUAUCUAUCUAUCUAUCUAUCUUGUUUAUAUCUAUCUAUCUAUCUAUCUAUCUUGUUUAUAUCUAUCUAUCUAUCUAUCUAUCUUGUUUAUAUCUAUCUAUCUAUCUAUCUAUCUAUCUUGUUUAUAUCUAUCUAUCUAUCUAUCUAUCUAUCUAUCUAUCUAUCUAUCUAUCUAUCUCAUCCCAUCUGUCUAUCUAUCUAUCUAUCUAUCUAUCUAUCUAUCAUAUUCUGUUCACUGCCUAUCUAUCUAACUUUGUUUAUCUGUGUUUCUAUCUAUCUAUCUAUCUCAUUCUGCCUAUAUCUCCCUCUUUCACUAUCUAUCUAUCUCAUUGUGCUUAUAUAUCUCUCUCUCUCACUAUGUUGCUAUCUAUCUAUCAUACUCUGUUCACUGCCUAUCUAUUUCAUUUUGUUUAUAUCUAACUUUGUUUAUCUGUGUUUAUCUAUCUCAUUCUGCUUAUCUCUCUCUCUGACUAUCUAUCUAUCUAUCUGA